AUGGAACUAGUUUCCCCAACAGUGAUUAUUCUCCUCGGUUGCGUUGUUUUUUUAUUGCUCCUUCAGUGGAAAAACUUGCGUGGACCGCCGUGCAUCGGGGGCUGGAUUCCUUGGAUAGGCGCUGGAUUUGAGUUUGGGAAAGCCCCUCUAGAAUUUAUAGAGAAAGCAAGAAUCAAGUAUGGACCAAUAUUUACAAUCUUUGUUAUGGGACACCGAAUGACCUUUGUGACCGAAGAAGAAGGGAUUAAUGUAUUCUUAAAAUCAAAAAACGUAGAUUUUGAACUAGCAGUACAACAGCCCAUCUAUCGUACAGCAUCCAUUCCAGAGAAGGUAUUUUUGGCUCUCCAUGAGAAAAUCUUUGUUGUGUUGAAAGGGAAGCUUGGAGCUUUUAAUAUAUAUCAGUUAAGUGAGCAACUGACUGAUGAACUGCAUGGACAACUGGAGAAUUUAGGCACUCAUGGGACGAUUGAUCUGGUCAACUUAGUAAGGCAUGUCCUUUAUCCAGCCACCACAAGCAUCCUCUUUAAAAAAGACUUUAUCCCCACAAACAAGAGUGAAACCAAGAAAUUUUAUCAACAUUUUCAAACUUAUGAUGAAAGUUUUGAAUAUGGGUCCCAGUUGCCAGAAUGUUUCUUAAGAAAUUGGUCAAAAUCCAAGCAGUGGAUCCUAGCACUUUUUGAUGAAAGCAUCCCAGACAUUAAAACAUCUAGGCCUUCAAAACCUGAAGCUAUGACUGCAAUGCAGGUUAUACUGGAUAUCCUAAAUGUGGAAGAAUAUGAGCAUAAAAGUUCCAAUUAUGGUCUCUUAUUUCUUUGGGCUUCUCUGUCCAACACUGUUCCUGUUGCCAUUUGGACACUGGCAUUUAUACUUUCUCAUCCUGACAUCCACAAGACUGUUAUGGAAGACAUAUCUUCUGUGUUUGGCCCAGCAGGAAAAGAUAAGAUUAAAGUGUCAGAGGAGGACUUGAACAAACUUUAUCUAAUUAAAUGGUGUAUUUUGGAAACUAUUCGUUUAAAAGCUCCUGGUGUCAUUACUAGAAAGGUGGUAAAGCCAAUUAAAAUUUUGAAUUACACGGUUCCUUCCGGUGACCUGCUAAUGUUGUCUCCAUUUUGGCUACAUAGAAAUCCAAAGUAUUUUCCUGACCCUGAAUCAUUCAAACCUGAACGUUGGGAAAAGGCAAACAUAGAGAAACGUAUUUUCUUGGAAAGCUUCAUUGCAUUUGGAAGCGGGAAGUACCAGUGUCCCGGAAGGUGGUUUGCUCUGUUGGAGAUUCAUACAUUAAUUAUUUUAAUACUUUAUAAAUAUGACUGUAGUCUCCUGGACCCAAUACCAAAACAGAGUUUCCAACAUCUGGUGGGUAUUCAGCAACCAGAAGGACAAUGCCGAAUGGAGUAUAAACAAAGAAAAUGA